CGCCAAAUCGGAGACCCUAAUCAAAGAUUUUAUAUUUCCCAAAUAAUAAGCAAAGGAUAAGGAAAACAUAGCUGCCUUCCUUGCGAUAUGGCCAUCGCAGUCGCCAACUGCUGCUUCUCCGUGCUCACUUCAACCGUUAAAUGCCGCCUCUCUCUUCCCUCCCACCGCCGUUACGCCACCUUUCAUCGCUCAGUCACUCCCAGAGCCGUCGAUCGCAGGAGGAGCGCUUCCGAGGGAGGCUCCUCAUCGUCUCCUCGUGAAAUCAAUGGAGAGAAGAAAGAAUCUGUUUCUAAGAAACGUUGGUUGUAUGCCGAUGAAAAGAGUGGUAGAGGAGAGGUGGGGCGAGCUCAAUCAAUUUCCUCUAAAGCUUUUGGUUCACGAAGAAAGGACAAGAAAGAGUUCCAAAUUGACUCAACAGAGCAGCAGGUGGAACCGGGAAAUCUUCAAGAUGCAGCUUUCCUGAAUGCUGUUGUGAAGCUUUACUGUACGCAUACUGCACCUGAUUACUCCCUUCCUUGGCAAAAGCAAAGACAAUAUACAAGUACUGGAAGUGCUUUUAUGAUCGGAGAUGGAAAACUUUUGACAAACGCACAUUGUGUUGAACAUAGUACACAGAUUAAAGUGAAGAAAAGGGGUGAUGAUACCAAAUAUGUGGCUAAGGUUUUAGCCAGAGGUAUUGAUUGUGAUAUAGCUUUGCUUUCUGUAGAAAGUAAGGAAUUCUGGAAAGGAGCCAAACAACUUCAUUUUGGACAUCUGCCGCGUCUUCAGGAUGCAGUAACUGUUGUCGGAUAUCCCCUUGGAGGAGACACCAUUUCAGUGACAAAAGGUGUUGUUUCACGUAUAGAGGUUACGUCGUAUGCUCAUGGGUCAUCUGAUUUGUUGGGCAUUCAAAUUGAUGCGGCAAUAAAUCCUGGUAAUAGUGGUGGUCCGGCCUUCAAUGACCGGGGGGAGUGCAUAGGGAUGGCAUUUCAGGCUUACAGAUCUGACGAGGCUGAGAAUAUUGGGUAUGUGAUUCCAACAACAGUUGUGUCUCAUUUUUUGGAUGACUAUGAAAGGAAUGGAAAGUACACUGGUUUUCCUUCGCUGGGUGUGUUGUUGCAGAAGUUGGAGAAUCCAGCAAUCCGUGCAUGCUUAAAAGUACCAUCUAAUGAGGGUGUAUUGGUGCGGAAAGUUGGACCCACAUCUGAUGCAAAUAAUGUGUUAAAGGAGGGGGACGUGAUUGUAAGCUUUGAUGAUGUUCCUGUAGGGUGUGAAGGAACAGUGCCUUUCCGAUCAAAUGAGCGCAUCGCUUUCCGCUACCUGAUUAGUCAAAAAUUUGCUGGUGAUGCAGCAGAGCUCGGAAUUGUCAGAAAUGGGGUACCUAUGGAAGUUCAAGUAAUUUUGAAUCCAGAAGUGCUUUUGGUUCCCUAUCACAUUGAUGGAGGUCAGCCUUCUUAUCUAAUUACUGCCGGAUUGGUGUUCACCCCACUUUCAGAGCCACUUAUAGAUGAGGAGUGUGAAGAUUCUCUAGGGCUGAAACUACUGGCAAAGGCACGGUAUUCAAUGGCAAGGUUCAAAGGGGAACAGAUGGUGGUCUUAUCUCAGGUUUUAGCAAAUGAGGUAAACAUUGGAUACGAGGAUAUGAGCAAUCAACAGGUGUUGAAGUUUAAUGGGACUCGAAUUAAAAAUAUUCAUCACUUGGCACACCUUGUAGACUCAUGCGAGGACAAGUACCUAGUUUUCGAAUUCGAUGACAACUUCAUUGCUGUUUUGGAGAAGGAAGCAGCUGUUGCUGCCUCACCCUACAUUCUUAAAGACUAUGGCAUUCCAUCAGAGAGAUCAUCUGAUCUGUUAGAGCCCUAUGUGGGUUCAUUGGAGGACAAUCAAUUUAUUGACCAAGAGGAUAUUGGAGAUUGCCCAGUUUCAAAUAUGGAAAUUGGGUUUGAUGGACUCCUUUGGGCGUAGUUGCGAAAAAUGGGGGAGAUCUGAUUUUCCAAAACGUUUGCCACACUGAGGUAGCUCCGUUUAUAUAGAACUGCCCAGCAAGUUGCAUCACCAUACCUUCCAAAGGAACCAUGGUUGCGCUAACAGCCUGUGCUAUGUAUUCAUUUUUAUUAUUCCUCUCAGUGGUGCAGAGGCACUGGGGACUGUGGUGCUCGCGCUACCCUGCUUUCAACGCUGAGAAGUUUCUAAAUCCAUCGCUUUCGUUAACAAAGCCAUGAUUUAUGCAGGAAUGGCUGCAGUAGGUCUCGAGAGUAUUUAUAAUUCGAUUCAUGAUUCUUUUUUUUUUUUUUCAAUUCACUUGACAUAAAAGUGUAUCCAAUUUUAACUUGGAAUAAAUGUUGAAAGACAGCUAUGUUUCUGUUAGGCCUUCUAAUCUUCUUUAAUGUCAAGGAUGCUUCACGUAGCUUAUCUUAUUAAUUC